AUGCUGCUUGGUGGAUUGAUCAUAACAACAAAUAUUGCACCAAAGUUGUUGAUUUUGGAAAUGCAACUCCUGUUUGGAAUUGAUGACUUGCAUCCAAGCUUCACAAACAUACCACAAUUCAUGGAAGAACCCGAUCAAAUGGUGCCUCCAGGUGUUGCAAUGGAAAUAAGUGUCGAUGCAUUAGCAGCUGGUGCUGCAAUUUUCGGUGAUGACUUCUUAUCAGGAUUUGAUUUCCUGCAGUCCUAG